UUUGGGUGGAGGUCGUGUCUCUCUGUCAUGGUGUCAGCGUUCGCGGUGAGUUCCCCUGGAGCACUAUGGAGGAAAGAAAGAGACUUUUCUUCUACCUUCUCUUGGCGGCGCAGCUCUGUCUGAGCUCGGCACAAGUCCUCAGAAUCGGUGGUAUUUUUGAGACCCGGGAAAGUGAGUUAGUGAGUAUGGACGAGCUGGCGUUCAAGUUUGCUGUAAAUAACAUAAACCGCAACAAGACCCUGAUGCCCAACACCACCCUGACCUACGACAUUCAGAGGAUCAACCUCUUUGAUGGCUUUGAAGCUUCCAGGAGAGUGUGUGACCAGCUAGCUCUCGGGGUGGUUGCUGUGUUCGGUCCUUCACACAGCUCCUCGGUCAGUGCUGUUCAGUCCAUCUGCAAUGCCCUGGAAGUCCCUCACAUCCAGACCCGCUGGAAACACCCGUCAGUGGACAACAAAGACACCUUCUUCAUCAACCUGUACCCUGAGUACACCGCCAUCGCCAGGGCCAUCCUGGACGUAGUCAACUUCUUCAAGUGGAGGAAGCUAACAGUGGUUUAUGAAGACAGCACAGGCCUGAUGCGGAUGCAGGAGUUGAUCAAGGCUCCAGCAAAGCUUAACUUGAAGAUCAAGAUCCGCCAGCUCACACCUGGUAACCAAGACGCCCGACCGCUGCUAAAGGAACUGAAGAAAGACAAGGAGUUUUUCAUUAUCUUUGACUGCUCCUAUCGCAUGGCUGGAGAGCUCCUUAAGCAGCUUUCGUCAAUGGGAAUGAUGACAGAGUACUACCAUUUCUUCUUCACGACUUUGGAUCUGUUUGCGUUGGACUUGGAGCCGUACCGCUACAGCGGGGUCAACAUGACCGGUUUCAGACUGCUGAACAUAGAUGACCCGUGGGUAGCCUCCACAAUGGAAAAGUGGGCCACGGAAAGGCUGCAGGGUCCCAAACAAGAGAGUGGCCUGAUGGAUGGAAUCAUGACUACAGACGCGGCCUUGAUGUAUGACGCGGUGUUCAUGGUUGCUGUUGCGUCCCAGCGAGCCACUCAGAUGACCGUCAGCUCCCUGCAGUGUCACCGCCACAAACCCUGGCGCUUCGGACCGCGCUUCAUGAACCUCUUCAAAGAGGCACAGUGGGAUGGACUGACAGGGCACAUUGUUCUUAAUAAGACAGAUGGCCUGAGGAGAGACUUUGAUUUGGACAUCAUCAGCCUCAAAGAGGACGGCACUACCAGGAUUGCCGUGUGGAACUCGUACAAGGGGAUGAACCUGACGGAGAAGUCCGGCCGAGACAAGAAUAACAAUGUGACAGACUCAAUGGCUAACAGGACUCUUAUUGUCACCACAAUACUGGAAAAUCCAUAUGUGAUGCAUAAAAAGUCAGACAAGGAGCUGGUCGGGAAUGAUCGCUUCGAGGGCUACUGCCUGGACCUGUUGAAAGAGCUCUCCAACAUCUUGGGUUUUACGUAUGAAGUCAAACUGGUGGCUGAUGGGAAAUAUGGAGCCCAGAAUGACAAGGGAGAGUGGAACGGGAUGGUCCGAGAGCUGAUCGACCAUGUUGCAGACCUCGCCGUGGCUCCCUUGACCAUCACUUAUGUUCGAGAGAAGGUCAUCGACUUCUCCAAGCCCUUCAUGACCUUAGGUAUCAGCAUCCUGUACCGCAAACCCAACGGCACCAACCCGGGCGUGUUCUCCUUUCUUAAUCCCCUGUCUCCGGACAUCUGGAUGUAUGUGCUGCUAGCCUGCACAGGAGUGAGCUGUGUGCUCUUUGUGAUUGCCAGGUUUACUCCAUAUGAGUGGUACAACCCACAUCCAUGCAACCCGUCCUCGACUCUCAUACAGAACAAUUUCACUUUACUCAACAGUUUCUGGUUCGGCGUUGGAGCUCUCAUGCGGCAAGGCUCCGAGCUGAUGCCCAAGGCUCUGUCCACUCGUAUAGUUGGGGGUAUCUGGUGGUUCUUCACCUUAAUCAUCAUCUCCUCCUACACGGCCAACUUGGCUGCCUUCCUCACGGUGGAACGAAUGGACGCACCCAUCGACUCGGCGGACGACCUGGCGAAGCAGACCAGGAUCGAAUACGGGGCAGUGAGGGAUGGAUCUACCAUGACCUUCUUCAAGAAAUCAAAGAUCUCCACCUAUGAGAAGAUGUGGGCGUUUAUGAGCAGCAGGAAGAACACGGCGCUGGUGAAGAACAACAAGGACGGCAUCACCCGGGUCCUGACGACAGACUACGCCAUGCUGAUGGAGUCCACCAGCAUCGAGUACAUCAGCCAGAGGAACUGCAACCUCACGCAGAUCGGAGGUCUCAUAGACUCCAAGGGCUACGGGGUGGGAACACCAAUCGGUUCUCCAUACAGGGAUAAAGUGACCAUUGCCAUCCUUCAGCUGCAGGAGGAAGGGAAGCUGCACAUGAUGAAGGAGAAGUGGUGGAGAGGCAACGGCUGCCCGGAGGAGGACAACAAGGAGGCCAACGCUCUGGGCGUGGAAAACAUCGGCGGCAUCUUCAUCGUCCUGGCCGCCGGCCUGGUUCUCUCUGUGUUUGUGGCCAUCGGAGAGUUCAUCUACAAGGCCCGCAGGAACGCAGACAUAGAGGAGAUGUCAAAGAUGUGGAGGACCUCGCUCAGACUUUCCCGGAUCUUGAACAGCGAUUACAGCCAGUGCCCCCCUGUGUGUCUCUGAGGGAGAGCGUUCAGGUUUACAAGGAACACUGCAGGAUGGCGA